UUCCCAGAAGCUGAAAUCUACGGCUUGAUAUUUCCACUACAAUAAUGGAAAGCUUGUUUUCGAAAAGGUCCAAAGUGAGAAUUAGAGUUUUGGCCACGGCACUUAUUACCCCCUUUCCUCUUUCCUGUCAUUCUCUCCCACCCUCGCGCUCUUCAGACAUCUGGAAGGUACCACGGGUGAUCGUCUCGCUCCAGAACGGCAGCUCUUGUGAUGGGAAUGGGCUUUUUUAGGAGGCUUUAGACCCUGAAAGUUGUGUGUCGGGAUCCUUCAGAGGGCAUCGAGAUUUCAGUAGGUUCUGGCUGGACUGUUUGACAGAAAUCCAGAGCUGGGAGGGAAGAUCUGGACUUUGUUUGGCUCAAGUGAAAGCAUUCAGGCCCAGAAGCGAUGGGUCAUCGGUUGUUGGAGUUGGCGUUUGUGGUUCUGUUGGGCUCCACGCUUGUGCAAUGUCAGGGAGAAAUGGACCUUGAGUUUCACCCGACGGAGAAUGACAUGGAAUUAGACGGAGGAGACGACUCAACCGGAGAGGAGAAGAAUGUGGAAGAUAAAAUAUCUUGUCCGGAAAAGUGCAGCUGCACGGUGGAGGGAUCGGUGGAUUGUAAUGGAGUCAGUUUGACAGAAUUCCCAGAAGAGUUAUCGGAGUACACAAGACAGCUCUCUUUGCAGAAUAACCAAAUCGCUGAGGUCACAUUGGAACAUCUAUCACAUCUACAGCAGCUGGAGACCCUGAAUCUGCAGAACAAUCGCCUCACAACACAAGGUCUUGACGAUGAAGCGUUUCAUAUUCUGGAAAGGUUGAGUUAUUUAUACUUGGCAAAUAAUAAGCUCACAGCUGCCCCGAGGCAAUUGCCCCCCUCUCUGGUCAGUGCUGACUUUGCUGCUAACCAUCUGACUAAGAUCUACCCCAACACAUUCGGCCAUAAACCUGCUCUCAAGUCAGUUUACCUCCAUAACAACAAGUUAACAGACGCCGGUCUACCGGAGAACAUGUUUAAUGGAUCAAACAGCCUCGAAAUCCUCAUUAUGUCCAGUAAUUUUCUCCGGUACGUUCCACAGGAUCUGCCCAAAGCCAUCUACCGCUUACACCUGAAGAAUAACAAGUUAGAGAAGAUUCCCGCAGGUGCGUUUGAUCAUUUGAUUCAUCUGCGAGAGCUCUACCUGCAAAACAACUUCUUGAGUAAUGAUGGCAUAGACAACGAGACAUUCAGCCAUUUGAACAGGCUGGAGUAUCUGGAGUUGUCCAACAACAACCUGACCGCGAUUCCCCUCGGACUCCCUCGAAAUCUCGUCCUGCUUCACCUGGAGAAGAAUUCGAUCCAGGGCAUCGGCUCCAACGCUCUGACGCCCAUCCGAAACCUGGAAUACCUCCUUCUCCACAACAACAAGCUCCGGUCUCGGUUCAUCCAUCCUGCGGCCUUUCAGGGCCUCAAACGUCUGCACACCGUUCACAUGUACAACAACCUCCUAGAGCGAGUUCCCCGCGGCCUUCCCCGUCGAGCCAAGACACUCAUGCUGCUUCACAACCACAUCGGCGAGAUCGGACGCAACGAUCUGAUCAUGCUUUACACCCUCACGGAGCUCAACCUCAGUUACAACCGCAUCACCAGCGACAAACUGCACAGAGAAGCCUUCAGGAAGCUCAGGAUUCUGGAGACGUUGGAUCUGUCCGGGAACAAGCUGCAAAUGCUUCCUAUGGGACUUCCCAAGAGUCUUCUGAUUCUAAAGGCGAAGGACAACCAAAUGACGGAGAUACCUGAGGGGUCGCUGUUGGGUAUGAGCAAACUGAAGGAGCUUUAUCUGAGCAAUAAUCAACUGAAGCUCAACUCCUUCUAUCAGGGAGCUUGGCAGGAGCUGAGCGGGCUCACGACGCUGGAUCUGUCAGGAAACCUGUUGACACACAUUCCCAGCGAUCUGCCUGAAUCUCUGGAGUAUCUUCAUCUGCAGAACAACCGAAUCAGCACAGUCACAUCCACGGCGUUCCUCAAUACACCCAACAUCAAAGGAAUCUUCCUCAGAUUUAAUCGUCUCUCAGUUCAUUCAGUAUCUGAAGAGUCUUUUUCUCACCUGAGCAAGCUUCAGGUGUUGGACAUCGGCCAUGGCAAUAUUUCUCCUAAUCGAGGUCAGGAAGAGGAGGAAGAGGUUUUACCAGAUGGUGAAAAUGAGGAGGAGGAUCUCUGAAUGGGUGAAAUCUCCUCGUGCACCUGGAAAAGUUUGACGCCCUGAUGGUUUUCCUAAAAACAACAACCAGCAUAAAAUAAUGCGUUUAUAAGCUGGUUGUUGCUGCUUUAAAGAGACAGUUCACUCAAAUAAUGAAAAUUUAUAUGACUUUCUUUUUUUAUGAGAUUAUCAGUGCUCUUUUCCAUACAUUAUCAGAAACUAGAUUUGAUAUAAACAUUUCAUUUGUGAGUAAACUGUCCUUUAAGCGUGUGCAUGUAACUACUGCAUACAGUAUAGCUUUCUUAAACCACUCGAGUCUUCAUCUCUAAAGCCAAACUACACAACAUCUGAUGCAUGAGAAAAAGUUUCAUGAAACGUGCUGUUUACCUUUUCAUUUGAAAUAAAAUGUCUUUAUAUAAAUGUGAAA